AACGUUACUUGCUGAGGACAGAUCACGGUGGUGGGGAGGAGGGGGAGGCCGCAAGAUGUUGGGCGAAACCAAAGGCUCGCAAGAGAGCUCUCUCAUCCCCUGUCCUUCGUUCCAGAUGUUAAUGAGUGCCGGAAAAACCCUUGUCUUCAUGCUCACGGAUGUAGGAACCUCAUGGGGAGCUAUUUCUGUGACUGCUUGGAAGGCUGGAUGGGAGCCAACUGCAGCAUCCGAAUGAAUUCGUGCCAAAGAAGAUGCCAGAAUGGAGGCACGUGUCAGACGGAGGGGGGCCAGCAGAGUUGCUCUUGCCAGCCAGGGUACACCGGUGCAGAGUGCGAGACGGAACAGAGGGCCUGCAGAGAUGCCCCCUGCCUGCACAGUGGGCAGUGCCAGGAGGCGGAAAAUGAGACGUUCCUGUGCAGAUGCCCUCUGGGCUUUAGCGGCAAGUGGUGCGAGGUCAAUCUCUGCUCUCCAAACCCUUGCCCCGAAGGAGCCUCCUGCCAAGGCAGAGGAGGAAGCUACGCCUGCCUGUGCCCUGAAGGGGCCGUGUGUCACAACCUGCAAGAGCCCUGUUUGGGUGAGGGGUGCAAAGGGGAGAGCAGCGCUGCCCUCCUGCCUGCUCUGCUGCCACCGGUCCUGCUCCUGGCCGGGGCGGUCCCCACCUUGGUGCUGCUGCUGCUCUGGACCCACCGCCGGUCCCUGCGGAGGCUACCCGGAAGAACGGAGACUCCCGCCAACAACAGCCUGCGGCCGGACGCCGUCCACCUCAUCCACAACAUCACUCACAGGGAGGCCGAGUGCAGGCCGGGGGAGGCCGGCAGAACGGCCAAGGCAGGGCUGCUACCUGCGGGGGUGCCCCCUUCUGCUGGGCCCCCCAAGGUAGACAUCUCCAACCAGGAGCGGGCCAAACUGAACCGAACAAACAUUGCCCCGGUUUUGGCAAGGCCGCCACUCUGA